CUAGACUAUCCCCUUUAGGCAGUGAUAAACGCCUGAAAUUGCACCUUAACAUUAGUGCGUUUUGCGAAUAUUGUUUAUUGAAAGUUGAUGGUAUACGUACAGUUUCCAAAUGGAAACGAAACUUUUAGAUAACUUGUCAAGAGUGUCAUCCAACCCUAAAGUAACAGCAGUCCAAUGUAUUGAUUCGAAUGGCCUUUGUAUUGCCUCUCACGGGACUGUAAAUGAUCAAACCACAGGAGUUCUCAGUAGCAUAUACAAACAUGCAGCAGGUAUCGAAGAAAGCUCCGAAUCGCCAGUGUUAGUAAUUGAGUUUGAGUCAAAGUAGGUGAUCCUUAUACAUAUAUUGCGUUGUUUCAUACCGAUAGAUCAAGUAUUUUGUGUGAAGCGUAUGGGAUUUUAACUGUUGUUCACAAGAAUCAGUGACACCGCACCAACAGUCACACGGUGACGACUGCCUUCAGGUUUCGGAGUCCUUCGAAGUAACACUGAUACCUCCAAAUAUAAAGCUACUCAAUAAAAUCUCGGCUAUCAUCAUUGUAUAAAUUUCUUAAACAUGAUCAUUUACUCAUUAUGUCCAAGUUUAUUUAAAAUAUAUCCUACACUGUUAAUUUUCUAUUUUUGAUUGGAGACUGUCAUAAACUCGCAGAAUCAAAUAGUUCUUAAGAAUGCACAAACAAAAUUUUGACAAAUUGACCUCUCGGAAUCGAUCAUAUGUAACGGUUUUCAGCAUUCGACUGCUGUUGCUCUUAAAUCAUAUUUGAUAAAUGCAGUUUAAAUAAACAUUGGAAAAUUAUUUAAUUCCACCUCAAACGUCUACCAAAUGGGAUAAUGGAGUUUGAAUUUUAUAAUAACGAUGUAAAAAUGCGACAGCUGUAAACGUAGAAUAAAAUUUUAUUGAACUGCC